AUGCGAGUUACGGACGAAGAAAAACAGCAAGGCGUAGAGAGCGUCGUUUUAUGUGCAUCAGCGUGGCGAGUUAAGGAAGGAGAGGUUGUUGUCAAUUCGCAGGGCUUAUGGAGCGGGAGGAAGUACGUGGCAAGAGCAACAUCUGGAUCGCUCUCCCAAAGCAGCCCAAGAUUAGGGUAUCCACAAGGAGUUGUAACAGGAUGGCCUACUGCUCUCUUCUCUGAUUCUAGGAAGACUACAUCCGGUGCCAUAUUUAUUACGCCGAACAGAAAUUGGUCUCAUGAUGAUUGUCGAAGAGUCAAUGUCUUCUGUUCUUAA